UGUUUCAGGUUAUGUAACAGUACAAGCUCUUUUUAAGUAAUGCAAAAGGAAAAUAAAAUUAACAAGAAGAGAAGAUUGAAGCUUUUCUAAUUAUUCACUGCAGCCAACUGCUGAUUACAGCCAUGCUCCCCUGUUUGAGUGCAGCGCCUCUUGUGCUGAGCCUCCUCCUGGUGCCCUCCUCUGUUCUGUGCUGUCAGAUUGGGAACAACAGCCAGUGUGACGCUGCUCGGUUUGUACCGGGCCACAACCUGGUGGGCGAAGGUUUUGAUGUGGUCACACUGCGCAGAAAAGGAACCUAUGUGAUUGAUGUGAAUACUUACCUGAGCCCCAGUGGCACCUGUACUCUGUACUCCAACCCUCUCCAAGGCCAUAGCCUCCAAAAGGUGCCAUAUUCUGUGGUGGACUGGCGAGCAUUCAGUCGAUGCCGUGCUGAUAUCUACAGCAGUUUUCACACUUCUACUAGCUCUCUGGUUAAUGUUUACACAUCCCAAGAUAGCAAUGACUGGAAGGUUGGCCUGGAUGUAGAAAAGUAUGUGUCUGCCAGCCUGGAGGUGGGAGGAACCCGCUCCUCCGCCUACAGCUUUGCUUCUGCAAGGACCAAAGAGGACCGCUACACUUUCAGCACGCACAGGGUCACCUGCAGCCAUUAUGGUUUCCGUGUAUCAACCACACCUUCCCUCAGCUCAGAGUUCACAAAACAUUUAGCCAUCCUGCCAAGUCACUACAACUCCUCCACCGCUGCUCAGUACAGAGAGGUCAUACAGACCUAUGGCACACACUACAUCCGACAGGUUAAUCUUGGAGGGCGACUUAGACGAGUCACAUCUUCACGAAGCUGUCUGUCGUCUCUGAACGGGCUGACCUCAGAUGAGGUCCACUCCUGUUUAUCAAUGGGCAUUGCUGUCGGCCUGGGGAAGCUGAAACUCUCCAGUGUCCAGAAGUCUUGCAGUAGUGUCUUACAAAACCAGGACUCCUCCACUCAAUACAGCUCAGGUCUCCACCAACACUACACAGAGGUAUCAGGAGGAAACGGCUGGUUGGGGGAGUUUUUAAUCUCCCAAAACGAUUCCACGGGCUACUCGAACUGGCGGGGGAGCCUGAAAGACCAUCCAGAUAUUGUUUCGUACUCCCUCCGCCCGCUCUACCAGCUCAUGCCAAGCGAGUUUCAAAAGGCUGGGAUGAAAGCAGCUAUUGAGCAGUACUUGGAGGACAAUGCUGUGAAGAUCUCGCCCAAAGAACCAUCCUGUGCAGGGUACACGCCUAACGUGGCCUCCAACUGCUGCCCUCUGCAGGCCUCAAGGGGAACUCUGUCAGUCACCAUUGUCCGUGCCUGGAAUCUCAAAGGAGAUCUAGUCGGGAACACUGACAGCUAUGCGAAGAUGUGGUAUGGUUCCAUAUAUCACAGGACCCGUAUGAUCCGAUCAAACAAUCCUUGGUGGAAUGCUCGGUAUAAUUUGGGCAAGGUCGACACACACCUGGGUCUGAGAAUUGAAGUUUGGGACGAAGACUUGAACUUUGACGACCUUCUCGGACAGUGUGUGUGGUACCUGAGGCAGGGCACUCACAGUCUCACCUGUCCAGCGAAGAGAGGAGGCUUUGAGGUCAAAUACACGCUGACCUGUGACUCACAUCUGACCGGAGACAGAUGCAACCGUUAUAAACCCUCGCCCUAGUCACAGGAGCCUGAUGAGGUUCAGAGGAAGAACGUUCCACGGUGAUCACAUUUGAUAUUUGCUUGCCGGAUCUGGUAAAAACUCACAAUUUAAACUCGAUCUUUUAAGUUUGUUAAAAAGUUUGGUUGAAUGUCUGUUAAUCAUACAGUGUACGUUAGCGGCUGCGGAGCUGAAUUGUUUCAACAAACACAUUUUGACCAUAGGGGAAAUGAAGCCACCAUUACUCAUGCUAUAACAGCACUUUUAAUGGCAUAAACUGUCAAAUUGCUGUUAUAUCAGUAAUUGUGUACCCUUUUUUAACAAAAAAAUGUCAUAUACGCUACAAGUUGUUGACUUGAUAUGUUUUCAGUCCCAAAAAAAUAAAUAAAAAAGCUUA